UAAAAAUUAGUAUGGCGUCAAUUGAAAGAAGCAGCUGGUUCAAGUCUUGAUUUAUUAAAAUUAUAAGACACAAAUAGAAUACAGAAUCAGAAGUUUGUGUAUAUUUAUUAAAGCACGACCAAAGUCGAGAAGAUUCAAGAUCUUUUAUACAAAAUAUAUAGUUGUGAAAAUGUCGAACGUGUCGGAAUUAAGAAUGAACGUAGCGGCUUUGAAAAGAGUUGACCCUUACGUCAAGGAUAUCCUAGAAACCGCGACUCAUGUCGCUUUAUAUACAUUUAAUGCGGAAACUAGUGAAUGGGAAAAGACUGAUGUCGAGGGUGCUUUAUUUGUUUACUCAAGAAGUGGAGAACCGUUCAAUAGUUUUCUCAUCAUGAAUAGAUUAAAUACAAAAAACCAAGUGGAGCCAGUAACACGAGGUCUAGAUUUACAAUUACACGAGCCUUUUCUGCUUUAUAGAAACUCAAAAUGUGAUAUUCAUGGCAUCUGGUUCUAUGACAAAGACGAAUGCGUGCGCAUUGCAGCUAUGUUAAAUAAACUCGUUAAAGAAUCAGAAAACACAUGCAAAGCCUUGCCAAAAUUAAAGGCACAACGUAAUUCAAAUAAUGUAGAUAUUUUCAGUAUGCUCAGUAAAGCACAAGAGGAUUAUAAUAUAAAUCGAAGUGGAAAUGAUGAGUCAAGUGGAACAAAAUCGCCAAUGAAUACAAAUAUUGAUAUGAUUUCUGCAUCAUUGCAAGCGCCAUUGGGACCUGAUGUUACUUCACAAAGUGUCAUGGACUUCUUUGCCAAGGCAAAAGUUAAUCCCAUGCAUUUUAAAGCCGGCGAUCAACCGGUACAAGUACACGAGAGUAAACCAUUAUUGGCACGUUUAAUGUCACAUCCAGCUGCUCAUACUUUAGAGCAUAUUGAAAAACAACAAAGAUCAACAACACCACAGCCAGUGCCCCCAUCUCAUCAUAUUACAACAACGCCCUUAUCAGUUACUGCAAAUGACAUAGGCAACUUAUCUGUAACAAACAGAUCAAAGAAAAAGAAUAAAGUUUCACAAUUAGCCACCAUUCCAGGGCCCAAUGUACAAGAUCUUCCGUCCACAAUUGCUCAAAGUGAAACUAAUGAUUCGAGUUUUCUCAGGAUACAAUCGCCUGUAAAUACAUCGUCUCUAUUGAAUAAUCAUCACUCUAAUCACAUUAUUGGAUCGAGUGGCGGCAAUGCUCUUACAUCAUUGUUUGGACAAACUUCUUCAUCUGUGAUGACAGAAGAUGUGAUAAGUUCACCGAUAACGCCAAGACAGGGAACAGCCUCAGGAACAAAUUCAGCCCCAGCAUUAAUACCGCCAGUAAUGUUCGCUGCUCCCAGUCCUGCCGAACCAGUAAAUCGACCUUUGGAACCCCUCACAAGGAAUCAAUUGCUCCAAGCAGUCAGUUACCUUUUAAGGAGUGAUCCGGAUUUUGUUAAUAAACUUCAUGAAGCUUAUGUCAAGUCUUUCAGCGAGAUUUUGUCCUAGGGAAAUGGAACCUAGUAAAAAGAAAACGAAAUAAAAAGAAAAACUACGGCUUGGACACGGCGAUCGGGUAGUGUUGUCAACGUAAACGAAAAACAAAACGAGGUAAAUUUAAAACUAAUUGGAAUUAAAUAAGUAAAACUUACGUCUAUUUCUGUUACAAGCGAAUAAAAAAACGUAAGUGUAUUAAUUGUAACCAGCCUUUUCGGGUUUGGAACUAAGAAAAUAUUAAAAUUUCCAUACCUUGAAACAGUAUUUUUAUAAUGUAAAUGCAUUUUUUCUUAAAGCAUAAUCAAAGGUAUGAGUGAUGGGCUCCAGUGAUUGUUAAUUAAUAAUUUUUUUUCUCUUUAAAAAAUCAAGCCCAUUCUGCAAAUUUGUUGAUGAUAAAAAAGUGUUAUUUGAAAAAAGAAUUUAAUUUUUAUGCCUCUUUGAUAGUAAAUUUGGUCGAGAAUUAUUUUUUCUCUCUUUUUAAAUUAAUAAAAAAACGGCCCAAUAAUGAUUUUAAUAGCGUGAUAUGCCGAGAAUAAAGAAAACAACAUUUUAUGAUUGCUAUUUCGAGAAUAGUACGACAAUAACGUCAAAAAAAAAAAAAAAAUACUUGCGCGAAAUGCACAUGUUACAUUAAAAAUGCAAAGAUUUUCUUUCUUGUGAUAAAACAAAAAAUAUGCAAAAUUGUUAAUGCAUGAAGCAUGAUUUGAAAAUUAAGAUUGUACAAUUCUAAAUGAAACAUGACUUUUGUUAAAUGUACAUCAAAAAUCGACACAUUCUUUGAUUUAACUAUUGAACAAACAAAAAACAUCAAUGGAUGAUUUCAAGAAUGGAAUGACAGGAAAAGAAAUUUGGAUAAACAAGAAUAAAAAACAGAAAAAAGUGUAAAAUC